AUGCCCCCGGAGGAGGAGACGGCGGUCUCUGCCUGCCCCUCAUCCACAGCAGCUCUGGCGCCCGCCAGCCCCUCCUCCCUGGAUAAGGAAGCCAAGGAGCUGGUGAACAAGAUUCUCUCACCUGGCUUGAAGUUGGGGGGGACCUCGGGGGCUGUGGCUGGUCCAGAGGAGAAGGAUGCACCCCAAAAGCAGCACCUGGAGCUGAAGAGCCGUCUGGGCAAGAUCCAGAGCCUGGUGCAGAAGAUCAAGGGCGGAACUGCCCACCUGGAAUCUGAUGGCGACUUAAAGGGCCGAUUGGAACGGGCCCGGCUGCUGGAAUCCCAGAUCCGCCAGAGGAAACUCUCCCCACAAGAGGGGAGGAAGGACCUGGCACCCACAGCAGAGACCAGUGAGAAGGUGCCGGCCUAUCAGCGCUUCCACACCCUCGCCCAAGAUGUGCCCCCCGGUCUGCUCCUGCCGUACAAAUACAAGGUGCUGGCCGAGAUGUUCCGCAGCACAGACACCAUCGUGGCGAUGAUGUUCAACCGCUUGGAAGCGGUCACCUUUGCCAAGGUCAAGCAGGGCGUGCAGGAGAUGACACGCAAGCGCUUUGAAGAACGGCACUUGGGGCAGAUGAAGACGGUGUACCCAGGUUCUUACGUCCUGCGCCAAGAGAGAAACAUCCCUACCUUUGGUGGACCGGGGAAGCAGGGCGCCUACCAGCUGACUAUCGAGCCAGAGCUGGGAACAGGGGAGAAACUGACCGCAUCCCGGCUGAUGGAACGUCGGAGCAUCUUCUGCAAGAACUUGACGGCCAGGGUCAAGGAGCACCACAAGGCGUUCCUGGCUUCUCUGGACCCUCCGAUGGCGAUAGCAGAGGAUGAGCUAACCCGCUGGCACCCUCGCUUCCCGGUAGACCAAGUGCCCGAGAUCGUGCCCGCUGAGCUGCCCCAGCCUCCCCACGUGGACAGGGUCACCACCGCGCAGGAGGUGCUGGCCAAGGCCCAAGGCAUGCUGACACCCAAGAUGGAAAAGGCCUUGACCAACCUGGUCCUACGGACGGCAGGCAACGGCAGCCCCUCCAGCCCGCAGCCUCCUCGCCCAGCUCUGCCCGGAACCCCCAACAGCCUGAGAGGCGUCUCGCAGUCCUUGGUGGAAAGGGUCAGGGCCAAGGAGGCUCAGAAGCUGCAGGCGCUGAUGACACGGAACCCCCAGCAGGAGCAGCGCCUGGCCAUGCUGGGCCGCCUGCCGAAGAUGGCGCGUAUCCUGCGCAACGUCUUUGUGGCCGAAAAGAAGCAGGCCCUCCCCAUGGAGCUGGCGUGCCAGCGGAUGACGGACAGCUACCAGGCGCUCAUGCCCACAGGAGAGAUGGAAAAACACCUCCACCUCUUCGCAGAGCUCCUGCCGGACUGGGUGCGCAUCCUGGCCAUUCGCCAAGAGAAUUACCUGAAGCUGGACAAAGCCAUGGACCUCAAUAUCGUAACCGAGCGGCUAACUGCGAGAAAGCGGGAAGAGGAGAAGCUCUGAUUUUUUUUUGGGGGGGGGGGGGGAGACGCCCAGAAAAUGGACUUCCUGGGGGGGAAGCCGACGCCUGCCGUGUCUUCUACAUAAAAAGAGGGGAGUGGGUCUUCUGUCCGAUGGAAAACCCACAAGCUUUUGGGCAGCGCCAUGACGGAGGGUGGGCAUUAUUACGCGAUUCAACAAACCUCUUUUUUAAAGGCACAAAACAUUUUUUGUCUCUUGGGCAGUUUGGAAAAGGUGUGGCUGCUUUUCCAGGAAGGGGG